AUGGCCGUAGUUCAUGUUGCAACAACUACAGCUGCUUGUUUGAAGGAGGCAAUCGACUCUUUAUUUGCUAAGUAUGGUUUGUCAGUGGCGAGAUUGAGGGGUCAAGGAUAUGAUGGUGCUUCAAAUAUGUCUGUAGAAUUUAAUGGCUUAAAGUCACUGAUAAUGAAAGAAAAUCCGUAUACAUUGUAUGUUCAUUGUUUUGCUCAUCAACUCCAGCUAGUGGUUGUAACUGUUGCUCAAGAAAAUCAAUAUGUUUGUGAUUUCAUGUGGAUUGUUGGUUCGAUUGUGAACAUAUCUGCAUCAUCUUGCAAAAGGGCCGACAAACUUCGACAACUUGAACAUGACAGAAAAGUUAAACUUCUUGAAAGAGGAGAGAUUAGUUCUGGUAGAGGACUAAACCAAGAAACUAGUCUAGCUAGACCUGGAGAUACACAACGGGGGUCUCAUCAUUCAACUUUAUGUCAUAUUGAACAAAUGUGGCCAUCUGUUAUAGAGGUUCUUCAAAAUUUGAUUGAUGAUGGUGAUCGUUCUUCUAAGGGUUUAAGUAGAACUUUGGUUGAAAGAAUGGAGAGGUAUGAAUUUGUGUUUAUUCUACUAUUGAUGAAACGUAUACUGGCAAUCACAAAUCAUUUGUCAACCGUUCUACAAGAGAAAGAUCAAAAUAUUGUGAAUGUGAUGCGUUUGAUCAAUAAUGUGAAAUACAAAUUACAAAAGUUGAGAGAUUCUGGAUGGGAUAUUUUACUUGAGGAUGUGAAGAAAUUUUGUAACACUCAUUCCAUUGAAAUAAUUAAUAUGACAGAUAACAUCAACAGCCGUAGUCGUUUGAAGAGAGAUGGAAAAAAUGUUAUCGAAAUUAUUCUACAGGAGAUGGAUAGUUGUUUCUCUGAAACAACUACAGAUUUGUUGAUUUAUAUGUCAUGCCUUGAUCCUAGGAACUCGUUCUCUAGAUUUGAUGUACAGAAGUUAGUGCGUCUGACUCAUUUUUAUGAGGAUGAUUUUUCUUGGAAUGAGCGUAUGUUGGUUGAACAAGAGCUUGAAACAUAUAUUGAUGACGUCAGAUCAGAUGAACGGUUUGAAGGCAUUUCAGAUUUAGGAGCUCUUGCAAAGAAAAUGAUUGAAACAAUGAAGAACCGUAUGUUUCCUUUAGUUUAUCGGAUGAUUGAGCUAGCCUUACUUCUUCCAGUUGCUACUGCAACCGUUGAAAGAGUGUUUUCGGCAAUGAAUAUUGUCAAAACAGAUUUGCGAAACAGGAUUGGAGAUGAAUGGAUGAAUGAUAGUUUAGCAGUCUAUAUCGAGAAAGAUGUUUUUAAUACUGUCGACAAUGAGCCAAUUUUACAGCGUUUUCAUAACAUGGAGUCUCGAAGAAUGCAAUUGUCACGUAUUCGUUAG